CGUUGUAAACAGUGUGUUGUUUCUGGCCUGAUAAUCGUAAGGUACCGCUGAGAUGGUCUGAUUUCAUGGUUUGUGUGCCCUGGAUAUUAAGUUAAGCAUUGAUAUUAGUAAACAUUAAACAUGGAUCGUAAUACAAAUACCUUUCGCAGCCCAUUUUAUCGUCCCACUUCACAUUUAAUGGCUGCUGCAGGUCCCCAGGAUUCUGGACAGUCAUCGAAAAGCAAAACAUUAAAAGGAAUAAUCGCCGGAGCUAUCACUGGAGGUCUGGAGAUCUGUAUUACAUUCCCAACAGAAUAUGUCAAGACACAGCUUCAGUUGGAUGAAAAGCUUGGCACACAGAAAAGAUACAAAGGUCCCAUAGACUGUGUCAAGGUCACGGUCAGGGAAUAUGGUGUGCGUGGACUUUACAGAGGACUUAGCGUUUUGUUAUACGGGUCAAUUCCAAAGUCAGCAGUAAGGUUUGGUUCUUUUGAGGAAUUCAAGAAACAGAUGGUAGGAGCCAAUGGCACACUAAAUGCUCAUCAAAGAUUAUUAUGUGGUUUAGGUGCUGGUGUCUCAGAAGCUAUAUUUGCUGUGACCCCCAUGGAGACUGUCAAAGUCAAAUUCAUUAACGACCAGACCUCACCCAAUCCUAGAUUUAAGGGUUUCUUUCAUGGAGUCAGGUGUAUAGUGAGUGAACAAGGAUUUAGGGGAGUCUACCAGGGGGUGACUGCAACCAUGUUGAAGCAGGGAAGUAAUCAAGCUAUUAGAUUUUUUGUGAUGGAAACCUUAAAAGACUGGUACAGGGGAGAUGACAAACAAAUGAAAGUGCCCACUUUAAUCACUGGCCUGUUUGGUGCUAUAGCUGGGACAGCAUCAGUCUAUGGGAACACUCCAAUAGAUGUAGUCAAAACAAGAAUGCAGGGAUUGGAUGCUCACAAAUAUAAAAACACAUGGGACUGUGCUGUAAAGAUUUGGAAAAAUGAAGGACCCAGAGCAUUUUACAAAGGUACUGUGCCCAGGUUGAGCAGAGUGACGCUGGAUGUGGCCAUUACAUUUAUGAUCUAUGAUAACUUUAUGUACUACUUCAACAAGGUUUGGAAGAGUUAAAGCCCCUUGAACACUCAAAAAUGUCAGAUCUAGUUCUUUGAAGCAGACAACCUGACAAGAGUUCAAGUCCUUGGGAGCAAUCAGCCCUGCUGCUUCUUGCUGAUAGUUGCUAAUUGUAGUUGUCAGUAAAAGUUAUUCCAUAUUUGAAUUUAUUACAAUGUUAUGUAUAUCCACUAUACUAGUAUUUUGAAAAGUAUUAUAUUCAAUAUGUUUUGCUUUCCAUUGAAGCUACUAAAUGUUUACAGUGUAAAACAGGAAGUCUAGAACAUUCCUUGGAAUCUGAAGAUUUAUUAUGGUGUCCUAUGGAUGUAUGCUAGUUUAUAUGAUAUGAUAGAGGUGAUAUAUUUAAAACAAUGUGGGUUUGUUUGAUUUUUCAACUCAUUGUCAAUAAUUGAUUAUAUAAUUGAACCAUUUCACAGAGUUGGUUACCAACUUUUAGAUUAUGGAAGAUUUGUAAAAGUGUUUUCAUCAGCAAUUUGGCAUUGCAAUGUUCAGCAUUUUCUAUUUUGCUAUUUAGUUAACCUACAGUUAUCUCUUUCAUGCCAAGUAAAGAAAUAAAUUUAAAGACUAACUUGCAGAUCUUAAUGAAAAUUUGAAGAAAAAAAAAAUCUUUUUUUUAAGACAUUUAUUUUUUUGGCAGAAGAAAAUGUUGGAUGUGUAGAUGUGAAUUUUAAAACAUUUUCACUCAUUACUGGUAUUACUGUUGUUUAUAUUAUGUUAUGAAUACUAAUAUUAUUUAAGGAUUGAUCUGUGUAUUAUUGGGCUAGUGUGGGGCACUAAUUAAAGGGAAAUCAUAAUGAAAACACAUGUGUAAGUGUAGUUCAGUAGUGGUUCCUUUGUUAGUUUUGAAAUGAAAACUGUGGGAUCAAAAUGUCCUUGUAUGUUUUUUUUUACCCUAUAUUGUUGAGGUGCACCAGUUUCUUCAAUUUUUUUUUUGUUUUUUUACAGUAAUAGGUGCAUCCAUUACUUCAAACUGUUUUUUUUUUUAAACAGUAGUUUUGUUUUUCUCACUGUUUAUGUAUUUAUUACUCAGAGUUUUGAAAGAUUUUUUUUUUUUUGUUUAAGUUGUGACCUCAAUGUUAUUUUUAAAUGGGUAAUAAAAAAACAACUAAUUCCAAAAUUUUGAAACAUUUCAUGAACUGUUUGGUUAUAUUGAAAUUAAUUCCUGUUUAAUGAAUACUGACAAAAGUGUAGUCUAUACAUGUCUACAAAUCCUAAACACAAGAUUUGUAAUCAUUUAAAACAUUGAUAAGUAGUUCUAGUACAUAUCAGCAUGUUCACCUUAUGUUUUUUUAUUGUAUGCCGCAUGGCAUGAAUGAAGAGUGAUCACAAUACAAUGGUCUAUUUUCUAUUAUUCUAUUUAAAUUGUUAGUGGAUUAGUCGGUAGUGUUAGUCAUUUUACUGUGUUCUCCACAGUCUUUGAGUGUGUUCUGUUGUGAUUUUUUUUUUUGUUUCUUCCUAUUUUCUUACACAAUGCUGUACAUAUCUAUUUCUAUUUAUAGAUAAAAUGUUUAAUUGAAAACUUUUGUUCAUCUCUCACAAAGAAAUCACUGCCAAUAAUUUUUUUUUUCAAGUUUCACUAACCUAUAUAUCAUUUACAUACUAGUUACUGAUUUGUCUAGUUUUGAUAAGUUCCUCAUAAGUUUUGGUGUUCACAGGUUUCCUCUGCUUUUGCGUGGGACCAUCAAACAGUUGUUAAAACUUACACAGCUCUAGUGUUUAUUACAUAAUGGGACAUCCCAACCCUCCCAUGGUGUUUAGAUCUACACUGAAAAUGCAAUAUGUUAAAAAAAAAAAAGACCUAUAAUGUUUUGUAACAAACCAAACAAAAAAACAAAAGUUUGUGCUCAACUGAAAACUUUUUGUGUUCAAACUCAGGAUUGUGUCUUGUUAUCAUAACAUGCUCAAAGUAUUUGUUUGCUUCUCUGGUUACCAUAGUGACAUCUUAGUUCUGAGAUAUUCUUUGUUUACAUAAAUAUUUGCGCCAAGAAACGAAACAAAAAUAUUAUUUUUGUUAGUUUUCAAUUUGUGGAUAUUUUUUUUUUUCAGAUUUUAUUAUCUUUUAAUGGUAUUAUUCAGUUUUGAUGUUUCUAGAUCAUGUCAAUGAUGGUGAAGUAUCUGAGACCUGAUUUGAAGGACUGUUUUUUUUUUUUUUUUUUUUUUUAAUGAUGUGAUUUCCAUUGUCUGUAUGAAAAUAAUUGCUUGAUUGAUCAACACUCCAUCCAUCAUUGACAGUUGAUAUUAACUUGUUCUUUUUUUUUUUAAAUAUGAAUCUAUUAAAGCAAUUUCUUGAUUAAUUUACUGGCUGAUGCUUAAUAAUAGAAUAUGUCAUUGUAAAUUAUUGGUCUCACAUUAGCUGUAUUGGUGAUAUGUAUAUUUUAUUGCUAUCUAAACAGUUCCUAUCUGAACCAGGUUCAAGGUCUAACAGGAUCUAAAUGUACAAGAUUUAUUUUGUGUAGAGACAUCUGCUUGAGUUUUAGUGUAGAGGUACUGUGUGUGGGUGUGUGUGCGUAGCUUGUGUGAACAGUGUUUUGGCAUGGACCACUGUGUUGGGUUUAAAGACUAAACAUUCUAUUUGAAAAAAUUUCAAUUUGUUUAUGUGGAACAUUUAUACAUUUGAUAUGUUUCAAGAUUAAAAUAUUUUACAAUCUG